ACUCAUUUCUUUCUUUCCUUUAGGUUUUAUUUAUUUAUUUAUUUUUUGGCUUUUGCCUUAUUUUCAUCUUUCCUAUCUUUGGUUCUUCCUUCGUUACUCUGACCAAUUCCUUAGAAAUUAAAAAGGAAAAAGAAUGAGUUUCCAGGAUCUUGAAGCUGGUUUUGUAAGGCCGCAGCAAAACAACAACUUGAAUUCUUCUUCUCAGCAACAUUUGUUCCAAGGAAAAGGAGAGGCUUCGGCUUCGCAAUCGGUGGCCGCUGGGAUUUUCAAAAUAAGAACCGCUAUUUUGGCCUUUGAUCGUCUUGUUAAUUCCCUUGGUACCCCUAAAGACACCUCUGAAUUACGCGACAAGUUGCAUAAGACAAGGUUACAUAUAGGGCAAUUGGUCAAAGAGACUUCCGCAAAACUAAGGGAAGCAAGUGAAGAUGAUCAAGAUGCAGAAGUUAGUCCCUUAAAGAAGAUUGCUGAUGCUAAGCUUGCGAAAGAUCUUCAGUUGGCUCUUAAAGACUUUCAGAAGGCUCAAAGGCUUGCAGCUGAGAGGGAAACAGCAUAUACUCCUUUUGUUCCCAAAGAAGUACUUCCUCCCAGUUAUGCUGCCCAUGAGGUGGAGAUAAGUUCAUCUAAGAGUCAAGAACAACAAACUCUUCUGGUAGCAAAAAGACAAGAAGUUAUACUGUUGGACAAUGAAAUCACAUUCAAUGAAGCUAUUAUUGAAGAAAGAGAUCAGGGGAUCAAAGAAAUUCAACAACAGAUUAGUGAAGUGAACGAGAUUUUCAAAGAUCUAGCAGUUUUGGUCCAUGAGCAAGGAGCCAUGAUUGAUGAUAUUGGUUCAAACAUUGAGAAUUCCCAUUCUGCAACUGUGCAAGCUACUUCACAUCUUAAAAAAGCAGCCAAGAUCCAGAGAGCAAAUUCAUCUACGAGAUGUUUGCUGUUGGUAAUCUUUGGGAUCAUUCUCCUCAUUUUCAUCAUAGUUGUUGUGGCUUAAGCACCAGAUAUGGUGUCUCGAGCUCAAAGUUCUCCACAGAAGUGUAACCAACUGUUCUGGUGGUAUAUGAUAAAGAUUAUACAGCCAUGUAAUGUAUGCUACUAUUUUUUAUGCUGUGGUGAGAUCCUCCCUGUCCCUGGAGGCUUUUAGCUUUACAGCAAGUCAUGUAAAUAGACUUGCAUCAUUAAUAAAUUUCAAAAUCUUUUUGCA